AGCAGUGUGUGUGUGUGUGUGUGUGUGUGUGUGUGUGUUGAAGGAUGGAGGGGUUUAACACCCCUUGGAGGUAUAUAAGCCUUCAAAAACUGGACAGUAACUCUUCCUCGCUGAAACAAGAAUAUCUGAGCUCCACACGACGAACCAAAUAGACUCUUGAGGGUGCAAGUCAAAUACUGAUGCAGCCGUGAUGGACGUAUACUGCAGUAACAAUGUUCUUCAGGCCAGGAGAGCCGUGGAGCAGCUCAGACUAGAGACAGAACUACAGCGAAUCAAGAUUUCCGCAGCAGCAGAGCAGCUGGUUCAAUACUGUCAGGAACACCGGAGAGCUGAUCCGCUGCUGACCGGGAUCGCCGCAUCCUCCAACCCAUUCAAAGACAAGAAGACGUGCGUCCUGCUGUGAACAGCGCCUCACAACCACUGUCAACAUCAAUCUCCCUGUUUAUUUGCAGCCUUGAGAAUAACGACACCUUCACAAAUCCAACAGAAUUAUCAAAUUGUACAUUUAUAAAGCUUUUAAAAACAAACAAGGAAGAAAAAAUGAUCAUAGGACAUUCAGUCA